UCUUCGUAUGCAUUACUAUUAGCCAUUUUGAUUCCUUCUUUUACUUCACUUUGCCCUUACCAUACCAAAAAAGUGAUACAAACAAAAACUGUGACAAAAAAAAGCAUGGACGGAAGAGGAGGUUGUUGCAUAGUCAGAAAUGCAACGGGUGCAUACGAUAUGUCAACCAUGGAAAGAAUAAUGCUUAGGUUUCGCCCUAUCGCUCCAAAACCUUCAGUCGCCAGAACCACCGCUUCUGAAGGCUCUUCAUCGGAGAGCGGUGAUGCUUUUCACAAAACCGCUAGAGCAAGGAGAAAGUACGUUAAACAAAACAGUACAACUGAGAAACGAAGGAUCCGCCGGAAGAAAACCGUUUCCUCAACGGAAAACAAUCAUCCGGUACCGGUGACUCUUCCUUUACUCCCGGAAACUCCCGAUCCGAAGGAAUCUCCGGUGAGAGAUCUAACCCUAACGGCAGAAAAUAAAAACAUGCCACUGUGUCAGUGGCUGAGUUUCGAGAAUCAUAGCAAGAUAGUUGAAGAGAAGCCUUAUGUUUGGUACGGUGCGAUGGAUCCGGUUACAAAGAGCUAUUAUUCGAGCGUGACGGUUGAGUGCGUGAUGGACGCGUGGGUGGAGGGAGAGGGGUUAGGGAGUACGGAUGAAGAAAGGAGAAUGAAUAUGAGUGUGGACACGUGUCCAGGGUUUAUAUCGGACGGUUACGGGAGAGUGACGUGGACAAACGGUGCGUACAGGGAGAUGAUGGGUGAGGGAGGUGUAGCGUUGUUGAUGAAAGUGAGUGGCGUGGUUAUGUAUCCGUCGUUCACGUGUAGGGUUAGAGUGGUGCAGUUUGAAUGUGGGAACGGAAGGGAGAAAAACUCUCUGACGCUACCUUGUGAUGUGUGGAGAAUGGAUUUUGGUGGGUUUGCAUGGAGAUUAGAUGUUAAAGCUGCUCUUAGCUUGAGAUUGGGUUGCUAAAUCACUACUUUUGAAGUUUAAUUUCUGGUUUCAUCUUUUUUAUUUUCCGACAACAAGUCAAGGCCACUACUGUUCAAUCUAGUUUGGUGUAUUUAGUAACGGUAGCUGUAUUUGAGUUGAACCAUAAAUGUACAAAACUAGCUUGCUUGACUGUAAAUUAGAGUUGUCUGUCUGAGGUUGUUGUCUUGUGUUCCUUUGAGCUUGGAACACCGGUUAGCCAAUGAAUGUGUACACAUACUACUAUUA